ACCCUUUCCUUUCCUUUCUUGAUGAAGAUCACAAGAACCCAUGCAUGAAACCACCUUUUCCCUCUCCUAAAGGGAACCUUUACAACCUUUCCAUCACCUCUCCAUUUAUUUUUUUUCUUCACCUUUUCUUUUAUUAUUGUUAGCUAGAGAGUAUUGUCAUUCAUAUGGCCUCACAAAAGGGAGAUCAUGGUAAAGAUCAGACCUCCGGCGGCGGCGGCCGCAGAGCGGCGACCACCAGGCCGCAGCAGGAUGGGGCGGCCGCCGCCGCCGCACUCAAGUGCCCCAGAUGCGAUUCCCCCAACACCAAGUUUUGCUACUUCAACAAUUACAGCCUUUCUCAGCCCAGACACUUCUGCAAGACUUGCAGAAGGUACUGGACCAGAGGGGGCGCUCUCCGGAGCGUCCCCAUCGGAGGGGUUUGCCGGAAGAACAAGAAAAUGAUGAGGCCUUCGUCGUCGGCGAGGUUUUCCGGCGAGUCCUCGUCAUUGGAUAUCGGCGGGUUCAAGCUCCUCAGCGGCCUGUCUUCCCCCGCCAUGGACUUCCAGCUCGCCGGGCUGAACACUCCGCCGCCUCCGCCGGCUUUAAACGGAAACUCCCCGGCCACCGCCGGCGUCGGCCUUUUCGGUCACCUCUCUUCGCCGAUGGUCAUCCCGUCGUCGCCGAGCCCGUGUUUCAACAUCGUCGACCCGGCUGCCGGAACUCCACCUCUCCUCGGCUUCAACUUCGCCUUCCCCUGCGUGCUAAAACCCCAAGCAGAGAACCCCGCCGGCGCCGGAGUGGGGUUUCAAGAAAUGGGCACAAGUGCGAAUCUAGCAUCCUCAAUCGAGUCGUUGAGCACGAUAAACCAAGAGCUUCACUGGAAACUCCAGCAGCAAAGAUUGGCCGCCGCCAUGUUCUUCGGCGGACGGAAAGAAAAGCAAUCAUUUCAGGAGAUCCCGAAAGUCCCGCGGCCGCCGGAAGCGGCCGAAACCUCUGCCGGUUUUGCCGCCGCCGGCAAACAAUCCGGCGGGAGCACAGGAACGGAAUGGCUCUUUGACGACACCGACGUUAUAAACGGAAGCGGCGAAAAUAGGAGUGAGUUUGAAGCUUGGCCGCCAUUAUCGUCUCCCAUGAAUAAUAAUAAUAACUAUACUUCCAUGCCAUAAUAAUCUUAAAAAAAAAAGGGGUCAGUAAUUAAAGAAUAUUAAUUACUCCUAUAUAUAAUUUCAAUUCUUAAUUUUAUUACUCCUCCGUACAAUUAUUAUUUAUGUGUUUGCUUGGAAUAAGUAAUUAAUUAACUGGUUAUUA